AUGUCGACACCCACGGAGAAAGUACUCGACCUUGCGGGGUUCAUAGUAGAAGUAGAUAACUUGACCAAAACAGAAUCAGGGAAAUCAGAAGAACAAGUCCAAAACGUGUCAAAAGUGGAUCAAUUGGCGGCUAAGAAGAAUGAUACAACAAUUUCAUCAGCCAACAAUAACUAUGCUAGAACAAUAUCUACCGAGCUCUGGCUUCAAGCAGUCAGCUAUCUAACGACCAAGGAUCUCAAAAACUUCAGGUUGAGCUCCAACCGAUGUGCAGUACUUGGUUCUGAACACUUUAUCCAAACUUUCACAUUUCAGACCAAUAGACUAGAUCUUGAAAGGUUGGAAAUGAUCUCUCGAGAAUAUCCCAGAACGUUAAAAAAUGUCCAGGAGAUCAGAUUCGAGAAGGGAUUUGUGCCUAUAAAAGGCAUGUAUCGUGUUCUACAUAAGGAAUAUAGGGAAUCCUUUAAAUGGGAUGCUGAAGGCAGAUAUGUGGAACAAAAUGCUAGAAUGGAGCCCAUCAAUAGCUGGGAAAUACUAUCCGAAUACCUUUGGUAUACAUCAUGGAACAAGGCAGCUCAAAACUACAAUGACCUUACAAGGAUGACCAAGGCAUCUGAGGAUUUAAAGAAUGCCACUUGUAUUCGCUUCUCGGCCAGCAUUCCUAAUUUCAAGUCGGAAGCUUUGACUCACGCAUGGGCGAAAGUCACCCUUCCUAAAGCUUACGGGGGCCUCUGGAAGGCAAGAGAAUUGGAGACAGUUAUGCUAGCUGCACACAAUUCCAAGGUAAAAGUCCGUCAAUUUGUCCACGAUUCAGCCCCAACCGCAUUUUUCACGCAAGAUUUAAAUCAGCUUGAAAAUACUCUGAAGCCUUUCCGUGAUCUUGAGAGUCUAGAGCUGUUGUCUGAUGGAAUGCAACAACCAAUAAGCGGAUUUGCAAUGAGCAAGAGAUUUUGGACUGGACUGUGGAAGGCGGCGCAAUUAGCGCCGAAUUUGGAGACUUUACACCUGGGAUUGCUUACCGGCGGGUACUGCGAUUUCAAUGUUUACGAAUAUGUGCCUCUCAGAAAGGUCUUGGGGAACUUUACCUGGCCUUCGUUGACUCGCUUACGAGUCGAUAACAUGACCUUAUGCGAGAAAGAUUUGACCAAUUUUCUCCUCAGGCACGCCUCUUCCCUGCGACAUCUAACAUUGAGUCAUAUUUAUUUAUGUCGAGGGUCAUUUCAGGGUUUAUUCAAGGCCCUAAGAGAAGGCCUCAAACUUGAAAGUUUGCAUGUCGAUGGUCCAAUCCACUCUGCCGUCGGUCUAGAAUUAUGGUAUUUCUUUUCGAAGAACAGGGAGGUCAUAGAAUCCUCUGAACUUACUGAAGCGGAGAACUUUCGCGAAAGACUACUUACUGAAGCUAAGCUUCAAUUUUACAAGGACAACAAGGACAGACAACCGGGAAAGUCGUGGCUACUAAUGCAGGAAGACGGCCUCGCUGAUGAACUGUCUGCCCGACUCUCGGCAUUUGUUCUCAAUAAAGGCGAUUGGCCUAGUGAACUCAUAAGUAAAUUGGCGAAAGCAAUUGUCUAUAAUGGUAGGGUAGGAGGCUAUGGUGGCUUGACUGAUGGGCAAAUGGGCGCCAGAUGGGAUGAUGGGCUGGCUGAAGAACUGCUAGAUACCGACACAGCCAGCUGGGCGAAGUUCAAAGGUGAACUACCCGAGCAUACACACUGGCUAAUGCUUGAUUGGGCGUGGAAGAAUGAACCGAGCUACCCAAGUAGUAAGUGGGCUUUGUGGGAGGAGUUGGAAGAGGAGACUCGGGUUCGCGCAUUGCACGAUGCUUCAUUUGCGCGAAAGAAAGCGAAAGGAGGAAGUUAG